CGGCAGCGCAGGGCAACGGGAGAAAAUCUGUCCGUUUUAAACCAUGGCGACGUACUAAAAGAUGCCUUUCGCAGAGGUGAACGGAGACCUGAUCUGUACACGGAGGAAUGUUAAUGUUGCCACAGCUUGUGUGUGUAGUCUUUGGCUGCUCUGAGUCUGGUGUAGUUGCUCUGUAAUGUCAUGAAGCUGGAUGGAUAUGCUGACAAAACUCUACUUCUGUGACUGGCUGGACCAUGGAAGUGAUUGGAUUUACUCUGCGUAUGUGUGAGGAGAAGUGUGUGUCCCAUGUUGCAUUAGUGUCUGUGUGAAAUGCUGGCCUGUCUGCCAGGGCCAGGUGACCUCCCCCUCCAGCUUCUCCCCCACACGCAGAUGAACACUGGACUUCAGAAAUGGGACACCACACAAAGGAUGAGAUCUGCUCCGUUUCCAACCCCUGCAGAAUUGGAUGCAUAUGCUAAGAAGGUUGCCAACAACCCCCUCACCAUCAAGAUCUUCCCCAACAGCGUCAAGGUCCCCCAGAGGAACCACGUACGGCGUACUGUAAACGGGCUGGAUACAUCAGGCCAGCGCUACAGCCCCUACCCUUCAUCUCAGGCCAGUGCCAAGACAGGCCUCCUCGCUAUCGUCAGGGCGCCCUCAGUCAAAGGCAUCCUCAAAGAUUUCGACGGCAGCCGGGCUCGCCUGCACCCUGAAGUCAUCAUGAACCCUCCCAACGGACCGUACCAAGUGGCUUCAACCAGCACUUUAAACCACCACCCUCCUCUGCAGAAUCUUCCCAGGAUUCAACAAAACUUACCCCUCCCCCCACAAGAACCGCCUCAGGCUCUACAGAUGCCCCACCCUCAGCAACAGAGUCACACCCAGAGCAUCAGACACCCUCCUCCCAUGGCCCAACAUCCUCAGGGCCCAUCCAGACUCCAAACUCUGUCUCAACACCCAGCCCUUGUCCACCCACAGGGGCCCCCUACCAUCAUGCUUCAGCAGCAGCACCUUCAGCAGCAGCCGCCCCCUGGCCUGCAGGGUGGCAGGAAGCUGCCAGAUGGUGACGCACCACCUAAUGUUACCGUCUCUACCUCAACCAUUCCACUCUCCAUGGCUGCAGGGCUGCACCAGGGCCGCCAGGCCGACCUGAGCACCAUCGUGCACCAAAUCAACCAGUUCUGCCAAGCCCGAGCCCAAGGCGCAGGAGCCACCUCCAUGUGUGAGGGCCAGAUCGCCAAUCCUAGCCCCAUCAGUCGUAACCUGCUUAUCAGCGCCUGCUCCAGGGUCUCCAUGCACAGCAACCCUAACACCCCCGGCUUCCCUCCACCCAACUGUAUACUCGGCCCUCAAGAGAAAGCCACGGCCCCAAUGGGAGCUCACCCCCCACCCAGUGUGGCUGCCAUGAACCACUUGCCUUCAAACCAUGCUGAUCCCAAGCAGCAGCACCACCUGCAGCAUCUGCAUCAACCGCCCAAUCAGCAGCAACAACAGCUACAACACAACGCUCAGCAGCAGAAGAUGCGCUCUUGGAAUCAGCACCAGUUGUCUCAUGUCCCCCACAUCCAGAACGGUGGGAGCCACCUCUGCAAGCAGCCCUCCAGGGACCUCGCCUUCAACUUUAAGGGCAUGGGCUAUCCCGCAGAGGUGUGUGUGGGUCAGCCUUACACACUGAAACCCCCUGUUGACAGGCCAACCCCCUCUCCCCCAGUCAUCAACAACGGCAUGCCAGGCCCCAUGGCCCACUACACUAAUGGUCACUACUUCCAGUCCCACAUCUGGAACAGCAGCAUCCUCCCCACACCCAACAGUGACAGCUCCGGCUCUCAGGACAUAGCCAUGCCAUUCCAUGGGGCAGGCCCGGGGGGCUGCACCACACUGGACUGUGGGCCCCCUGGGGCUCCACAUUACAGGCUAGGAACGAGCUCCUCCACCACCUCCUCCUCCGCCCAGACUAAUCUGAUGCAAACAGCAGAUUACUUGGGUGGGGACUUCCAGACGCCCUACUUCCGCGAUCAGAAUCUAGGGUUGAUGGGCAAGAUGCACAGGCCUCCUCUGAGCAGGGUAGGUCCAGAGGUGGGCGAUGGCAGAACCGCUCUCAUCCAGCACCCAGGGUACAGAUAAGCUAUGGCCUUGUCUUCAUAACAGUUAUCGAACCCUUUUGUUUAGUCUUAAGAAAGGAAACAUGAAUAAAACAACUGAUAACUUAAAUGACUGCUAAUGUUAAAGAGGGUAAAUUAAUAUAUUUAAUGAAGAAAAACUGUUUUUGGUUCUUUUUUAAAGAAUCUUGCAAGUGAUCAAUUGUUUUGUUGAUUUUUGUUAGUAAGUGCUUUUACCUGGCACUUAAGGGAACUCAUGUUUUUCAUUCCCACCUCCUUCCUCCAUUUGUGUGCCUGAUCUCAACUGUUUUAAUUCUCCUUCAGAGCUAUCGAUUACAUUUGCUUAUGCAUGUAAGAAAGAAGAAAAACUGACUGAUCCCACCCUGAAAAAAACAGUAGAUGUUUGAGUGUAGAAAAGAUGCUUAUUUUCUUUUGGCGUAACACUCAACUCUUAUCGCAACUUGAAGGUUAAACAAUCAUUUAAGUACAAAGACGGCAUAAUGAUCCUGUUUCAGAGCAUACUGUAAGACGACAGCAGGAGAAGCUUGUGAAAACACCGUUUUUAUUCUUUUUAACUGUAAUUAUUUAUUUGUAUUAUAAGACUGUUCAUGGUUGAUUCCUCUGUCAGUUCAAGAUGCAUGUAAUCAGGUUGUACAUAGCAGAGACCCAGCAGCAGGCAAAGAGGCGAUGAUAUGUCCUGCUGAAAAUGCUGCAGUGAAUUCAGGUGUACUUUACUUUUUUCAUUUGUCAAAUCCAGUAGGGUUUGGCAACAGGACAGUGAAAUGCAAAGUGCAGAACAGUCAUAAAAUUAAGCUUAAAAAUGGCCAAAGUCGGGUUAACAAAGACACAAUGAUAUGAAGAUGUGCCAUCCUUUUCCGAUCGUUUUUGUUACAUGACAAAUGUAUUACUUGAAUGUUGAAAUUAUGUGUUCUGCAGGUAUUGAGUGAGGCAGAUUUAUGAGGAGAAAACUGGAUUAGAAGAAGUAAAAGUAUUAUUAAUGUCACGUAAAGCCUAAACAGGAACUUAAUUUCGUGUCAUUGCUACUGACUCGGCUGUGAAGUCUGCUUUAAAAGACCAAAUUGAUCACUUGCAAGAUGAUUCGGAGGUAAACAAAACCGACUCUUAAGUUCAAAGUGAAACAGCAAAUGCAUUGUUUAUUUUAUUGUACACUGGCUUACCUACUAGACUACUGUAACUUUAAAGUUUAAUGAUUGUGUGUGAAUGUUGCCUGCUCAUGUGGGUAGAUUUAAAGAUGAGCGUGUGUGAUAGCGCGAGUGUGUGUAGAAAACACAACAACGCCCAUGUUUUUGUUCACCUAAUUCCCUAACAGCCCUUAAAAAGCCUUAAGUGUUUGGUCCUUGGACUUCCCUUGAAAAUGAGCAUGGUUUUAAUAAAAACCCCAAAUAAUAAGGAGAAAGAAGAUGCUAAGGAUACACUGAAACAGCAAUUAUUUUUCUUUUCUUUCUGCUCUUUUUAUUUUAAUGAAGUUUUGUUGAAUAGACAGAGCAAUUCCUUAGAGAUUCUUUAUUAUGGAGAGCGAGAAAAAGGAGUCAUAUUUUGUAAUUAUAUAUUUUAGCAAUGUGUAGUUACUGAGCUGUAACAUUUUUUCCAAGUUUCAAAGCUUCAGUUUGCAGUUGUGACUAUUUAUAAUACUUGAUUUGCUUGUUAUUUAAAUUUUAUUUUCUUUGUUUCUUGUACUAUUGCUGUGAAAUGGAAGAAGGUCCACGAGCCUUUCUUUUGUGUCAUUCUGUACAACCGGUAAAGAGGCCAGAGCGGGAGAGUUGUGCUACUCUUUUUGUAAUAUUGUAAUAAUA